AUGAGAGGGAAUGCCAUUGCCGCUGAUCCGGACAUAUAUGCCGUGACAGAAAGCUUUGCACCGGACGAUUGGCAAUCAGAAACAACCUCGAUUGCUUCCUCGCUAUAUCGAGGCUAUUAUGAAAAUGGACGGAGAUAUCAGACAUUACGGGAGCAAUCAUAUGUUCCCUCCGACGAUCAGCAAUUCGACGCAUAUGAAGCCGGACAUCUCACAGCAUUAAAUAUGGACUCAAAUCGAGAAAAUCCACUGUUCCGAUCACCAGUCAAAAAGGAUAUCCAGCAUGUCCUGGAUAUCGGAACCGGGAAAGGGUCAUGGGCAGUCGAUGUUGCAGACUUAUUUCCGAAAGCAACGGUGCGAGGCGUGGAUUUGUUCCCCCCGCCAAUAAACUGGAUGCCACCUAAUUGUGUUCUUGAGGUGGACGACAUAUUACAGCCCUGGACAUGGCAGCAGCCCUUUGACCUGAUCCACAUGCGAAAUAUGGACGCCGCAUUUACGCCGCAAGAGAAUGCACAAUUAUAUCAACAAUGUUUCGAUAAUUUGCGCCCUGGUGGCUGGAUUGAGCAGUUUGAAAUAUCACACAAGUUCCACAGCGAAGAUAACAGCUGGCCAGAAAAUUGCCACAUCAAAGACUGGGAAAGUCUCAUGACGAGCGCCGCCGCAAAGUCGAGAAGACCGUUAGAUCUCUAUCACCGUUUCCCAAGCCUGAUCAAACAGACAGGCUUCGUGGAUAUACACGUGGAAGAAGCCAAGUGGCCAGUUGGGCCAUGGCCCCGAGAUAAGCAACUCAAGGAAGCAGGAUCUGUCAAUCUAGGCCACUGGCUAGCCGGAAUGGAAGGCUAUGCGAUGUAUUUGUUCACGAGAUAUGGCAGUCCGACUGUCUGGUCGAAGGAGGAGGUCCAGGUUCAUUUGGCCCGGGUGAGAAAGGAGUUGGUGGAUCCCCGGUUCCAUCUUUAUCAUACAGUAAAACGAGUGUGGGCGCGGAAACCGAUGCCAGAUGAAGAUAUGAUUAAGAUUGAGACGGAUUAG